GCGUUUCGACGUAGUUUCACUAUGGAAGAACAACUUACAAAUUUAAAAUUAGUUGCCGAAGUUGAAAAAUAUCCUUGUUUAUACAAUUCUGAUUUACCAUCGUAUUCAAGAAAGGAUAUAAUAGAGGAUGCUUGGUCUAAAAUCGGCAAAGAAAUGAAAAUGACAGUGCAAGCAUGUAAGGAGAAAUGGAAAAAUCUACGCAUAGUGUUCAUGAGAUGCCUAAAAGCUGUCUCGGUGCCAGGAAGCAAACGAAAACCCUAUUAUUUAUUCGACGUGAUGCAGUUCUUAGUUCCGCAUAUAAAACAAAAUAUAUUAAUAGACCCGAUAACUGUCACUUACGAAUCAAAACAGUCAGUAUCAGAAACGAAAGAGACCGAGAAUGAGUCAUUCAAAGAUUCAAUCGAAACAAUGAAUGACAUUGAAAUUAAACAUGAAUUUGACGAAUCGAGCAGUGAAUCUUAUGUGAAUGAAUUUAUUAAAAAAAGACGUCUCGACGAUACGGAUAUGAAUAUCAUAAAUUACAUAGAACGCAGCGCGAGAGCUGAACGACCGUUGAGUGAACGCAUAGUGCAUAACUUGAAUGACCCAGUGGUUUCAUUCUUGAACAGUCUUGUACCUGAACUGAAUGAAAUGAACACAUCGCAGUUUAAAAUUUUCAAGCGACGCGCUUUAGCUUUGAUAGACAAUAUUAAAGGUGAUAUAUUUUAAUAUAUUUUUUAAAUUUAGGUAUGUACCAGAAUACAUAUGUAUGUAUUCUGUUACUAUAAGUGUUUUUAA